AUGGAUGAUUACACAGCGGCGAGUACUCUGUUUACUGCCAGUGUGUUCAUUCCAGAAGGUAGAAUCAAGUGCGAGAUACCGACAGGAAAAGGGUGCAAGAGCGACGAUGAGGAAGAAAGAUGUUAUUCUGAUUCACCCCACCAACAAUCUCCAAACUCUGUUCUCCACUUUUUCUCACUAGCGCCAACAAAGCUCGCACUUCAGCCAUCUUCUGCACCUCCAUCUCACUCGACAACUGCUCUAUCAGGCGAGGCCAUGCGUGCUGCUGCAGGGCACCCGACAAAAGCCUUCUACCAAGCUCGACGAGAUCAUGUUGAUGACGCCAGCUCAUCGCUCAAGUCCGGCUCUUCACAAUGGCGGAAGCUUCGAGUAAUACAACGCGUGCUGUCUGUUGCACCAGCACAGGAACAGGAAAUAUCUCGUCGUACGACAGACACGGAAACCCAGCGAGGGACGAAUGACAAACACCGCUAUUUUGUCAGCUGUUGUGUUCGCCGAACGCGUGCUGCUAUUCUCUCUUCUCGGAAACAAUGCUGCUGGGAACGAUGA